AUGUUUAGUUGAGGCUCUCCAUGCAUCAACGUGUUCAUUCAUCAACCAAACCUUCACACUGCCAAAUCCAUCCCUGCCACAUUGACUCUACCAUUCGACAAGAAUACUAAUACAGAGAUAUAUGCAAUGUCGUCUACCUCAAGACCCGGAAAAGGUAAAACAAACAAAUCCUCCUCCUUCUCCACCUCCAUGGUUGAAGUAGAAGUAGUUGAAGCUAUGUCUUCUACAUUCGUAAACAAUAAGAGGAGCAAAGUAGGAGAGAGUGAUGAAGAUUUACCCACGGUUCCAGACGUGGAAAACCCAACCAUCAUAGCUAACAACAAUUCCCAGAUUAAUAGUCAAAACCAGAAGCGGCGCAGGGGACGUAACCCUGUUGACAAGGAGUAUAGAAGGCUGAAGAGGUUGCUAAGGAACAGGGUUUCUGCUCAACAAGCCCGAGAAAGGAAGAAAGUUUACGUCAACGACCUGGAAUUCAGAGCCAAAGAACUAGAGGAAACUAACUCCGAAUUGGAGGAGAAGAUAUCAACUUUGAUCAACGAGAACACCAUGCUUCGGAAGGUUCUUUUGAAUACAAGACCUAAAGUUGAUGAAAGUAUUGAGCAAAAGCAGGAUCGUUUUUCGAGCAAGAACACAAUGUAAACUUGCCUAUAUAUAAUUAAUGUAUCCAUUCACUUAAUUUUCAGCUUCAUAAUAUAAUUUGACUUCUGCCAUUAA